AUGAAGGCAUUCACCUACUCUACGAAGGCUGGAGAAAUGGCUUGGCACGACGGUGAUUUCAAAAUACCCAAACCGGGGCGUUCACAAGUUCAAGUGAAAGUGUUGGCUGUUGGGAUGAAUCCGAUAGACUACAAGUUGCCUCAUAUGGUGCCCUUCAGCUCUCGUGUGCUCAGAAACCGUCUCGUUGGCUUUGAUUUCUCUGGUGAAGUGACGAUCCCUAAUGGUGAGUUCAAAGUAGGAGAUGUGGUUUUUGGAGUUACCAUGAAAGGCUCCUUGGGAGAAUAUACGAUCGUUGAUACUAAUCGUAUUGCCAGGGUGCCUGAGGGUAUGGAAUAUACUACUGCUGCUGGUCUCGCUUCGUCAGCGUGCACUGCGCUCACUGGUCUACGUAAAGCUGAUAUCACCAAGUCGCCUGGGAAUGUUCUGAUCAUUGGAGCAAGCGGAGGAGUUGGGUGUAUGGCCGUGCAAUUGGCUAAGAGUUUUGGUGCGAAAGUGUGGGCAGUUUGUAGUGACAAGAAUGAGAAAUUAGUGACAUCUCUGGGUGCUGAUCAAGUUUUGGACUAUACCAAACCUGGGUUUACUUUCCCCAAUGAACUGUGCCCGGCUGAUAGCAUUGAUGUUGUUUUUGAUACGGUGUCGAGUCCAGAAGAUAUGAAUUAUGAAGUACUGGUGAGGAAGUCUUUGAAAAGUGGGGGAAAAUACAUCGCAACGAACUCCCCUAGAGGGUUUGACGUUUUUAGAGCGAUUUUGUCGAGUUUUCUGCCCUUCGAUUUGCAACGGUCGGGAUUUCACAUGGUCACUGCAGACGUUUGCGGUGAGGAUUUGAAGACACUUGCUGGUAUGGUGGUAAAAGGCGAAUUGAAAAUGCCGAUAGAUGAAGUACUUCCUUUUACUGAGGAGGGGUGUAGGAAAGCUCUGGAGAUGCUCAGGAGCCGGCGAGUUAGAGGGAAAGUUGUCAUUGAUAUGAUGAAGUAG